AUGAUGACAAAAUAUUAAGGUGCAAAGCCAAUUAAUUUGCAUGUUAAUCUCAUUGAAGGAACUGAGGAAUCAAAGUUAUCUACUAUUCACAAUGUGGAAUAAACUGAAAAUGUGGAUAGGGAUAAAAAAGUUUCAUCCUCAUCGAAGUAUAAGACUUAGGAGAUUUAAAAACAACAAAAAUAACUAAAAAAUAACAACAAUAAUUUUGAUUCCAGCUAUCAAUUCUUUGAAAAUGAGAAUGAAGAAAUUAUAAAUGAUGAUCAACAAGCCCAAUAGCAGCACUAUUUUACUGCUAGCUUCUAAGAUAUGUACACAGUUGGAGAGCAUAGCAAUAAGGGAGGGUAAAUUAGUCAUGAGCAAUAAUCGAUUGAAGAGGAAAGUGUCCAGGAUGAGGAAAACCUUUAAACUGAGGCCAAGAAUAAAAUUUAUUAGCAAAUAUCUGAUAUCUCAACCUAGAGUAGGACCCAAGCAAGUUAAUAGAAAAAUCAGAUAAACUCAUUUAACGCCAAAUUGCUCACAACCUAGAGUGAAAUAAAGUAUUGCUCUCCAAUAAAUGUCACUCAUAAAUCCAACUAAAUGCAUUUUUAGACUACCAGCUCAAAGCAAGUUAAUCCUUCAAACAAUAACACGCUCUCUUCUAUGUAUUAAAAUCCAUUUAUGCAAGACUCAUUGAACGAAGAAUGCUAUGAAUAUUUUGGGUCAGUGUAAAACAGUCUGUAGAGUAUGAAUAAAAUGAGUGGCAAAAAUGCUGACAGUAAUCACAGCAAUUACAGAAAUAACAAAAUUUUCAUCUAAGGUGAUAGAUCCUCCUCAGCUAACAGCUCUAAGAAAAAUUCUCCCGCAACAACUAAGAAGGAGUAAAGUUCUGCCUUUUUCCAAGCUAAAAUUGAGAUGAUUUCAAAAAUACAGGAGAAACUAGUAGAUAAAAUAAAUGAAGGAAAAAAGUCUUUGAUAUGCAUUCAGGAGUGUGAUAUUCCUGACAGCUUGAAUUGUGCUCCGAAAAAUGAUAAACGUGGAUUUUAAUCAUCACAAAGUCAAAUUAUAACUCAUUUUAAUGCUGAGGAAAAUAUUGUCGACACUUCAGAGGAUUAAAUAGAUCCUGAGUUCUCAUCUAAUAGUUCUCGCUUAAAUCAACAACCAGCAGGAUAAUACUUUAUUAUUUAGUAAAAUAACGCAUAGACAGAUCAAAACAGGAAGAAAAGUUGCUUGAAACAUUCAGUCCAAAAUAUACAUAACCAAAAUCAAUCUAUUUCACCAAGGGCCUAAUAAACAAAUAAUUAACAUCAUUAAACUACAUCACUAUACUCAACAGGAACAGGUUUCUUUAAUAAAUCUAAUGAUGGUUAUCUUGGGUCUUUGAAUAACUUUGUCGAUGCUAAGGUUUAAACUCUUCAUUAACUAAUCUCAGAGAAGAAAAAAAUUGCAGUAAUUAUAGAUGAAAAACACCUUCAUUUAAAAACUUUAAGAAAUGAUAAAGUUAAUUAAAUGAAACAAGAAGAUCUUCUUAUAUAGGAAAUUCAGCAAUGCUUACAACGACAAUAGAAUCUACUUGAUCAAAAUAAGGACCUGGAAAUGCAGAUUAAUCUUGUAUAAGAGAAAUAAAUAGAAAAAUCUCAUGAAUACCAAAAUCAAUUUGAUUACUUUAGUCAUUAAUUCCUUAUUCAGCAAUAGCAAUACAGAGAUAAAGAAAAAGAAGUCAACAUAGUUAGAUCUAAAGAGUAAGCCAUGAGGUCUUAUCUAACAAAUGAACAAGAGAGAUUUAAGAUUCUAAACAAGUAGGCUGAUGAUGAUUUAUAAGGACUGAAGAAAUAAGGUGAUAGAAAAGUCAUUGAUGAAAAAAAUAGAGUUUAAUUUCUUAGAAAUAAAGGCAAUGAUAUAUUUAAAGUCAUAUAAGAUGAUAAUAUAAAUCAGGAAAGAUCAUUAGCAAGGGAUAAAAGCAAUCCAAUCACCAGCAGAUCUAAUAAUGCUAUGACUAAGAAUUAAUCUUAAAGAAAUUUAUCCAAUACUGGUAGAAGUCUUUCGCAGUUAGGAACAAAACCACAAAGGGAGGAUAAAAGUCCUAUAAUGAAGCAAGUGCAAAUAUACAUGAAACUAAAGGUUGGAGAAUAGAAAAAUCAGAAUAUCAGUUGCAUAUCAAUUCAAGAGGAUUCAAUCUUUUAGAAUAACCAGAGUAUUAUAAAUGAGUAAAAUCGUUAGCAAUCUUAUAGAGACCUGAGCAACAAUAGCAAACCAUUAAAGACAGUAAAAAUAUCUAUAGCUGAAAGUAUGAGCAGUAAAAGUAAUGCUAGCAUUCACGGAAUUGAUCUUACAAACAAAAAGUAAUCUUAAACAACAAAAUAGCAGUAAAAUAAGCAUCAGUCAAAAUUAUAGUCAGAUUCAACAAAGUAAAACUAAUAGAUGAAAAAUGAGAAUGCUAAGUAGAUAAAUACAAUGACUAGUAAAAAUGAGAAGCUCAAAGAUGUGAAGCUCAAGAAUACUGAUAUAAAGGCCACAUAUGCCACUGUAAAUUUAUUCUGA